UCUGUGAACCGGGUUGGUUCUAAUCUAACAAUUCUGAAAUCCGAAUGAAAAAAUUCAAAAUUGAAAAUGUCGGUCAACCAAACUGUACAUCCUCCUAAUAGUGAUAUAAAAAAAAGUGAUAAAAAUAUAAAACCAUUAUUUCCGAAGCAGAACGAAUGCUCACAUGUGUCAUGUUAUUGUGAAGAAAAUGUUUGGAAGCUGUGUCAAGACGUAUCAAUAAGAGUCCCUGAGGAGUUGGAUAGAUGUUAUGUGGUUUUCAUUUCGAAUUCUUGCCGAACUGUGCCUUUGUGGAAACAAAGGGCAGGACGCGAGGAUGAUCGCCUCGUCAUAUGGGACUAUCAUGUAAUAUUUUUGUAUUCAAUUGAUACAAAGACUUGCCUGGUGUAUGAUUUGGAUUCUGAGCUUCCUUUUCCAACAUUCUUCCAUAAAUAUGUUACUGAAACCCUCCGCACAGAUCAAGUGCUCAAGUCUGAUUUUCACAGGUUCUUUAGAGUAGUGCCAGCAAAACUCUUCUUGCAAACUUUUGCAUCAGACAGAAGACAUAUGAAGAGACCUGAUGGGUCAUGGAUCAAACCACCACCACCCUACCCUGCUAUUUGUACUUCAGCCUCAACUCAUAACUUGGAUGAAUAUAUCAACAUGGAUGAACAGUCAGGACCUGGUCAAGUGUUUAACCUCACAGAUUUCGUGCAACGGUUCUAUAAAAUACAGAAGUAGUAUGCAGACAUAGUCAAUAGAUAGUCCAAUUUAAUUCUAUUUAUGGUUAAAAGUACUCUCAAAUUGUUGAUUUAAUAAUAUUAUUUAUGGAUUUUAAAAUAAUUUUAAUAUUUAUUAUGUUUCAUAGCCACAGCUUUGGAUUUGUGCACCCAUUUUAUACAAAGCAUAUAUUGAAUUGUUUAAAAAUAUGUAUUACAUAAUCAUGUAAUACAUAUUUUACUUAUUAUUACUAUAAUAAGCAUAAUUACUGACUGAUGAAAAAACAUAUUGCUAAUAGUGAUGUUUGAUAUUUCUUUCAAGUGGUGGCACUUUGAAAUCCUCACUAUACACAAUAAUCUAUAUAGAAAUUGAAACUUCAACUCAAUGAAUAGGUUUGCAAUUUUUUAAACUGCUGGGUAUAUUGGUUGGCUAACAUUUAAGGCUUUAUUAUUAGAUGUGUCCCUAGAACUAGAGAGAUAAUAGCUUGAUUUUGAUCCCACGGGUUACCAGUUCUUUCUAUUGAGUACCUGUACCCAAUAAAAAGAACCAGUAUGCCAUGGGUAGGAGAGGGACACAUGUCUUUCAUGCCACACCCCAUUGUUGUCAUACCCUGUCUAGCCACAGAUUUGACUCAUUGUAUGAAAUGUAAUUGAAUCACAGUGUGACAAUAUCGAAAAUGUGUUGACAUUAGCUAAAUCCAUAGUGAUAUUAGCAAAUCUUACUCUGUGGAUUUAUUUGGGUGUCUUCAAACUUUCUGAUAAGUAAGCAGCAAAAUUCGAACCUAGUACGUGACUGUAUUUUGUUUGAAAAAUUGCAUGCUUCGAUUGAGUUACACUCACUAUUUUGAAUGAUUAUAAAUUUUACAGAUAUAUGUACUAAAUAUUUGUUUACAUGAGCUCAGAUACAAGAUAUUAUUGUUUAUAUGGGCGUUUUUUUUAUUUUUGUGUACUACAGUCAAUUCUAUUGUUGAGAAAUUGAGUGUGUACCAAAGUCAAUAUUUGACGAAUAAGAAUUAUUGACAGCUAAUUGAUAUUUAUGGGUUUUCUAGUAAUCUUAGUUAUGUGACCAUUAUAUUUUUUUAAAAGUGCUCAUAAAAAGCAAACUGAUUAUUGCUAAAUGUUAUUAAUUUGUCUCAGCUUGAGCAACUUAAUGUUCCACUGAGUUACAAUAUAAUUCCUUUUGUUUUCAUAAUGUGUUUUUCUACCGAGUUAUAUUUUGACCAUGCGACUCUAAUAUAUUUUACAUUAAAAUGUCAUCACGCAAAUGCAGUAUAGAAAUAGAACUAAAACUCAAUGCAAUGAGAUCAGAUUAAUACUUGCCUUAAAAAAAGUGCAGUUCUUCUGAAUGCCACUUGUCAUGAUACACCCUAAAAAAGGGGUAUUUUCAAUUUAAAUAAUUAAUUAUUUCUAUAUAAAUAAUAUGUAACAGUUAUUAAAGCAGUAAAAUAAUAAGACGAUUUCAUGUUUAUUCAUACAAAAAAAUAAUUUCACUUAAACAUGUGUAAAAAAUAGUUAAAGAUGUAUAGGACAGGACAAAAGUCAAGGUACAAAAAAAUUAAAAAGCGCCCAUAUACAUCAUAAAUACUGUCUUAAGUAAUAUAUUAUGAUAAUUACAAAAUUUUAUAUAAUAUUAUAAUUAUUUUUUUUUAUUUCACAAUUUUAUGUGAAAUAUCUCGAUUGAUAAUAUUAUAUUUAUUUAAUAUAAUAUAUUGUUAUGCUUCUUUGAAAUUGAUAUGUUAGAAUCUCCUGUUCAAAAAAGAGCUUUAGCAUUUAAGACCACCCUUAUAAAUUUUUGUUCACUACGUAGGUACCUACAUUUUAUGGUUUUUUCAAUAGUGUUUAUUAGUAGGUACCUAAUAUAUUAUUCUGUAAAGUAUUUACAGAAGUGUACAUUCUCAUAUUGUUAAUUUUACAUUGAUCUUUAAAGUCACGCUUGAAAAUGUUUUGAGAAUUAAUUGGCUGAUAACACGUUCAUUGCUAAAUAACGCGAAAUCGCGUGACGGUCCCUUACAGUUUUGUACGAGCUAUACCUACCUCGUACCUCGGCUGUAUCAUAUUUGUGUUUAGUACUUACCCCCUUAUUCAUAAUAGUCUGCUAACUUAAAGCAUUGCUAAUUCUCACUCUGUCUUCUUCUAUUCACCUAAGUCAGAAUGAGAAAAAACACUCCUUAGCGGCUGUUUUAAGGUGGACCAUUAUGAAUAAGGGGGUUAGUGUUUUGGCCACUAGAGAACGAAAUGAACUUUUGACAAGUGGGCGGGUCCUGCGGUUAGCCAUCUUGUUAUUGUUUUGUUUGCUAGUUCGCUCCAUGCAGCCGCGCAGUGGUUUGAUUUUUUGUUUAGAACUUUGUUAUUUCUCCGUUAUUUUCGUCGUGUUUUGACAAAAUCUUUUUUGUAUCAUGCGAAACAAACCAAGACCGAGAAAAAGAUCAGUAAUAAAUAAUAUAUAUAUACAGUCCAAGAUAUUGGCUUGGCAAUGAACGUGUUGAAACCUAAUUAUUAUAAUUACAUCUAUUAUUAGAUAGGAAAUAUAAAUAAUAUAGUAAUAUUAUAUAUGUGUUGAGUGCCGCAAUUCAGUACUAAUGAAUCUUUGUCAUUUGAAACGAAUUUUAUCUGUAUUUGCUUGCUUGUUCUGAACCUGUCAAUAACUCAAGAAUUUGAGCAUAUUAGCCUGGUUUUUUUUGCACAUGUUCCUAGUGCUGGUUGUAAAGAUGUAAGUGGAUCUAAGCUAUUGUCUUUCUUCGAACUGAAUUUUGGUCAAUCAUUUAAAUGGAUUUAAAAAAGUACUAGAAAUGACACAGCCGCGUUAAAUGUGAUCAUUAAAUUAUUUGUAUUGCCGUCAUUCUACACAGGUCUCUUAAUGUCCGGAGCGUUGCAAGUAGUGUGUAAAGGCGAUAGUCGUGAUCCCGCAAGGAAUUAGCACUUAAUAUUUCUAUUGCCUGCUAUUUAGGCUAAUCUUUGCUGAAUGUCAGCUUGGUUAUCAGAUCUUUAAUUUCGUUUUAUAGUUAUUUGACAGCUGAAAUAAUGCUGAGCUAAGAAUACCCAAUCCAAAAGUCAAUUUCUUGUUUUAUCACACUCGGCAAAGUUUUACUUAAGUCUGAGCAAAGUACUCUCUAUAAAUCUCAGCUAUAGAUUCCUAUGGGUACUGCCUUCCUGGAAUCGUUACUAGCACUAAUCGUUUAGCUAAACUCAAGUUGAAAAAAGUUCACAAUUAAGUACGUAAUUCCACGGAAAAAUUAAUCGUUGAAAUCUUAAUACAAAAUAUAGGACCUAUGUAGGUCCUAUGCAAAUGUGAUUAAAUAUUCAUCCCAUGUAAACAAUUAAAAUUGUUUUUACUAUUUAAUAUAAGUCACAACAUUUCGUGCAGAGUGUGAUUUUUAUAUCAAGUUGCGUGCUAUUAAUAAGUACUCAUGCUAGCUCUAGCGAUUAAAUGUAAUUAAAUAAUUAUUACGCUUUAAAAGUAAGGGUAGGUAGAUUGUUAUCGAUUGUUCCAAUUCUUUUACGAACGUUUUAAAAACCAAGUGACGAUAUUUCAAUUACGUAUUUAUUUUGUUGAUUUUCAGGUUUAUUAUUUUUUAUUACUUAAUUAUAAUAGGGGCCGUUCAUAAAAUACGUUCGCAUACAGGGGGGGGGGGGGUCUGGCUGUAAACGUGACGUUCGCCGUUUAUUAUUUUUUGACAUGAGCGCUAGCUCUGUGGCGCGACUCUAGCGGCGUUGGGAUCCGUCACAACUGGUUUCUUGGUUACCCUGCGCUCUCGAUUCAGUAACAAAAAUGAAAAUACUGUUUCUCUUGUAUUUAUUAUUAUUUUAUUCCUUCAUUCGCCAUUUAGCAGUGUAAAUCCUUGGACUUCUGAAUAAUAGAUAUAUUAUUUAUAUGUUCGUUAUGAAAAAUAUUUAUUUAAUUUUUAUUAUAAUAACUAAAUAAAUAUUUUUAAUUUUCAAAAUGUGUGUACUAUCAUUUAGGAUUUAUCAUACUAGCAGGG